CCCGGACGAGACGUCACGUAUCCCACAACUCUGUGCGUUCUUCCCAGUGAACAAAAAUGGCGGCGAGGGCACCAGCUGCUGCAUCCGGCAGGUUCUUGGAUGGCUUCAGGAAGUGGUACUACAACGCGUGCGGGUUCAACAAACUAGGUCUGAUGCGGGAUGACACCGUCGAUGAGGACAGUGAUGUGAAAGAGGCAGUUCGUCGCCUCCCAGAGCCACUUUACAAUGAGAGGGUGUUCCGCCUCAAGAGAGCCAUUGAUCUUUCCAUGAAGCACCAGAUUCUUCCCAAAGACCAGUGGACUAAAUAUGAGCAGGAUGUGAAGUACCUGGAGCCGUACCUGCAGGAGGUGAUCCGUGAGAGGAAAGAGAAAGAGGAGUGGGAUAAGAAAUAAGAAGAGCGUGAUGACGAUGAAGCUCUUUGCUGUGAUGUCUGGUAUCUUGUAUUUAAAAGAAAAUGUAUUAUGUGAUGAGUCCUUAUACUUAUUAAAAUUUCCUUUCUGACAAAA